UAUGAUGCCCAUCUCUUGGCAGCUCUCUGUUGGUAGGAGCACAAGCCAGUGGUUAGAUGAAACGUCCUGCCUCAUAAUGUUCUCAUCAUUGCUGAAAGUGGAGUGAAACUCAGGAGCUGAAAAACAGAGUCACAGUGACAGAAUGGGGAAUUAUCUCCUGAGAGAACUCAGUUGCCUGAGAAACAAUCAAAAGGAGCUCAAGAAUGUAAACCAAGAUGUGGAAAGAAAAUGGCAGGAAAUGACUACAUUUGAGAGACAAAAUCAAAUUCAAGAUAAGAAAAGUAAAGGAGUUUCACCCACUUCUAAUCAGGAAAAUGAGAAUGGCAGUGGUUCUGAGGAACUGUGCUACUCUGUCAUUAGUCACAGACCCUGUCGGAGGCCCUCCCUGAGCUCCAAUGAUGAUGGAUAUGAGAAUAUUGACUCCACCACAAAGAGUGUGAGGACAUAUAGAGAUGCACCAGAAACAGAAUAUGCCCUCAUCAAGAUGACUUGUGUUACUAGGCCUUCUUCCUGUAGCCUUGAGCAUGAUUAUGAACUUGUGCUUCCCCGCUAGAAAUGUCAUGCUUCAUCAUCUUACACUAACAAAGAUUAAUGAAUAGUGACCUCCAGGGGAGGGUUUCUGCAUCUCUGAAACAUGACAACUCUGGUUUGGGUUAAGCCAUAUAAAUUGACCUAAAGGUAUGGAGCAUCCUACAGCUUUCUGUUUGUAAGUUUGGGGACAUGGAGAUAGUGGAAACUUCUUAGAACAAUGGACAUCCAUAGAUAUAUGACCUAAUAUCCAAUUCCAGCACUGUUCUUCAAAUUUCAAAUGCCAAGAAUUUCCACUCAUAAUUAUCUAUGUCACUUUUGAGGUGUAAUUCUACUCAA